AUGCCGCCUCGAAUCAACAUCCCGCCGGUCACCCGGGGCCUGCUAGCCGCGCUCGUUGUGCAGUCCUUUCUGAGCGCUGCGAUCCGCUAUCGACAAUGGAGCGCGACGUCUGAGAUCGUGAUACCGUAUCUGACGCUCAUCCCUCAGCUCUCCCUUGUUUACCCGUGGACCUUCUUGACCUCAACGCUUGUCGAGAACAACAUAUUCACGCUCGCGAUUGCCUGCGUCACAAUCUACCAGGGAGGUCGCUACCUGGAGAGAGCUUGGUCUUCGGCGGAACUGGCCAAAUUCGUCGCCAUCACGGCUCUGGUCCCGAACACCUUGACCUUUGCGCUCAUGAUCAUCUUCUUCUCCCUGACGAGGAAUGAGCGUUGGACACUGACUGUCAUCGGCGGCACGAUCCCGAUGCAGAUCUCCUUCCUUGUCGCAUUCAGCCAGCUCGUCCCGGCGCAUACCGUCACUCUGUUCCGCGGCAUUCUGUCCCUUCGAGUUCCGAGAUUUCCUCUGCUAUACCUCGGCAUCGUCUUCGUCCUGUCUCUCACGCCGCUCCUGACGACCGCCUCGUUUUCCCUUGCUCUGAGCGGCUUCCUUACGAGUUGGACCUACCUCCGCUUUUAUAAGACUGUCUUCCCCGAUCUCGACUCCUCUCAGCCGACUGCCCUCCGAGGAGAUGCCAGCGAGACAUUUGCGUUUGCCGAGUUCUUCCCUGCGCCGGUGAAGCCGUUCGUGGCAACCGUUGCGGCCCAGAUCUUUGAGGUGCUGGUCGCGAUGCGGAUAUGCACCCCGUUCUCAGACAACGGCUCGACGGGGCGGGGCAACCACUACAUCCAGAGAAGCGCCCCCGGCGGUGCGAGAGCCGAGGCGGAGCGCAGAAGAGCGCUGGCACUCAAGACGCUGGACCAGAGACUACACGCCGCCACAGCCGGCAGCGCAGCGGCCCAGUCCUCGUCACAACCGCCGGCACAACAGCCCACCGGCCCAACGGUACACACGCAGCCGCAACCCAAUACGCAGACGGCCAUGACCACGGAGCCGACGGCGAUGCUGGGAGAGACCAACUACCACCCCGAGCAGGACUCGAACGAGAAGUCCGCGUCGUGA